ACGUUAGUUGACUGUCUUGCGAGACGUAUAGUGUAGUUGUGUCACCGUCUCUAUGGCCUGCAGAGUAUUAACAGUUUGAGAGUUAGAACACUAUAAUCGGGGUUCCCGUAAAAUGCUCAAGACAUUGGAUUUAAUGGUCUACAAACCUUGACUUGAUAAUGAGAACAUAUGUGGUCCAGUACUGAAAGCUGGGGAAAAUGACUGGCUAAUUAUGGAGCAGUGUCACCAGCCACCUUACUCCGGAAAAUAAGGAACAAUUCCGUCUCUCACAGUUGAAGUGUACCUAUGAUGGAAAAUACAGACCUCUUCCAUCUUUCUAAGUGUUAAGUGAUUGUCAAGAUGAGUCAGAACACUGAUACAUGGAGGUUGGUGAAUUUUAAAGAGCACAGCUGGUACCAGCACAGCACGAUGUACAGGAAAACCCUUCAAAGCCGCUUUAUGCAGAAAGAUGGCAGCUGUAAUGUCUACUUCAAGAGCAUCCUUGGUCAGUGGGAGAGCUACGUUGUUGACCUCUUCACCACAUUGGUUGAUACCAAAUGGCGCCACAUGCUUAUCAUAUUCUCCCUAUCAUAUGUACUAUCAUGGCUGUUAUUUGGUCUCAUUUUCUGGGUCAUAGCCUUUCAGCAUGGAGAUCUAAGCAACAUGGAGAUUGCUCCUUGCAUUGACAAUGUGCACACGUUUGCAGGUGCAUUUUUAUUCUCACUAGAGACACAGACAACCAUUGGCUAUGGGAGCCGUUGCGUGACAGAGGAAUGCUCUGUGGCAAUUAUAUUGGUAACUCUGCAAUCGGUGUUUAGCUGCAUCAUUGACACAUUCAUUAUAGGUGCCGCCAUGGCAAAGAUGGCAACAGCCCAGAAAAGGGCACAAACUAUACGCUUCAGUUACUUUGCCCUUGUAGGUGUGCGAGAUGGUAAACUGUGCCUCAUGUGGCGUGUUGGUGACUUUAGGCCAAACCAUGUAGUAGAGGGAAAUGUAAGAGCCCAACUUUUACGUUAUCAUGAAGACCACGAGAAAGGGAUCACCAUGGAAUACAAAGAUCUAAAAUUGGUAAAUGAUCAAAUAAUAUUGGUCACUCCAGUCACUGUUGUCCAUGUUAUUGACCAAGAUAGCCCUUUAUAUGCUCUGGAUCGUAAAGCAUUGGCUUCAGACAGAUUUGAAAUCCUAGUUACAUUUAUAUACACAGGCGAUUCCACCGGAACAUCCCACCAGUCUCGGACAUCCUACCUACCCCGUGAAAUCCUUUGGGGUUUCAGAUUCAACAAUAUCUUACAGGCAAAAAAAAAAUAUUAUAAAGUAGAUUGUGAACAGUUUGAGGAAAUGACUGAAUACUAUGCCCCUUUCUGCAGCGCAAAGCAACUGGACAUUAAUUCCAUGCCGGCGAGUCCAUCCUCCAGCUCAGCACCCAAUGGCUUAACCAGUGUUUUACUUUCAAAGCCAAUGCUCAAUAUCUUAUCCAGUGUAGAGCCUACAAGCUCCCUCACCAAUGACUUACACAAAGCUCCAUCUACAGCCUCAAUACCCAAUAACUUACUAAAUGUAGCAUCCACCGAAGAGUCUCCAAGCUCCAUAAUCCAUGGAUUACACAAUGCUUCAUCUGCAGCCUCAAUACAAAAUGACUUACUUAACUUAGCUUCUGCAAGCCCAAUGCCAAAUGGCCUCUCCAAGGUAUCGCGAACCAUGACCACUGUGUCAUCACUUGGGACUGCAGACAGCAGUGACGAAGACAAUGCAGAACACUGCACCGUUGUGCAGGAAGUGUCUUACCAAAAAGUUUUUAUGACUGUGAGCAAAGUGUCACUAGAAUCCUAAAAUAAGAGCAUCGUUGAUUACUUUUAUACUUUAACUCAAUCACACUUAGUAUAAAUGUGGUUCCCCACUUAGCACCUUGUAACAAAACCUCAUUCAUUUAGUAAUGAGACAUUUAAGAGUGUUAGUACAGCAAAAUUAUCUGACACAUGCAAUGCUAAGCAAGUUCUGCUUUUAAGGUGAGACAGACAUUACAAAUGGUGUCAACACUAUAUCAGCGAUCUUAUAAUCAAAACUUUGCAAUACUUCUUUAAAAAAUGUAAUGACUCUGCUAUUUAUCCACAUUACAAGGAAAAAAUCAUUAGGAAAUGCUAAAUGGAGUUCUUUGCAUUAAAAACAACACAGGAUACUUUUGGGAAUGUGACCUUAGGGGUAGGGUGGCCAAUCCCAUCCAUUUUUUAAAUCCUGGGAAUCGUCCUGGAGAUUCCCAGGAUACCCAGGAUCGGCUGCAUUUGUGUCCCACCCCCCUUCCCUGCCCAGGCCAGAUAACUCACAGCAAUCUGUCUGGGAGGGUGAGACACUUCCUACGCGAUAUCGUCGGCUGGACGGGCAGUGCGGUGGUGAGGUCCGGCAGCUGGGCGGGUGGCUGCACAGCGUGACCUCUGACUUCGUGUCACGCUGCGCAGGCCAACAGGAGCCGGCGGAGGUAAGCAGGGAGAGCCGGGCAGCGUCUGAGCAUCCUGAGGAUGCUCAACGCUACCCGACAUAUCCAAAAAUAGGUUGGUGGCCAAUCCCGAAAUCCAAUGGAUUGAAUCCCGGCCAAUUUUAGGCCCCAAUCACGGGAUUGGCCACCCUAAUUAGGGGUGCUGUUACUGCUGUAGAUUACGUUUAACCAUUGCUUGUAGGUGUACUUGUAAUGAGGAUCUGGCUUGCUUUUAGAGACCACUGCUUCAGCACAUAAGUGCUGUAUAUGUAAAGUAUGUAUCUCAUACACCACUGUAUAGAGGAUUAUGCAGCAUUUUAGUAUUCUAGGGUGAGUCGUGUCACUGAAUUUCUAACAUUUUGACACUAACAGUUAUAGAUAAGACAAACUCUACAAUUUGAAAAAAAAAAAAGUAUUCCAAUGUUCCCUAAAGUUUGCUGAAAACACAAAAUCCAUCCCAUACUGUACUUCCUUUUAGGACACUGGCUUAUAGAAGCCUGUUCUCAUGUAUCAUGUUUUUGUCACUUUGCCUACAGCAGUAGCUUUAACUAUGAGAAAAUAAGCAGUGUAAGGGCUUGAAUGGAAAGAAUUGUAGUUCCCUGGGAAAACAAGGACACAUAGGAAACCUGGUUAUAUAAUAUAUAACCUAUAUUAUUUAGAUUGUAAGCUUGCGAGCAGGGCCUUCCUACCUCUGUCUGUCUGUCUGUCUGUCUGUCUUUGCCCAGUUUUGUUCUAUAAUUGUUGUUCUAAUUGUAAAGCGCAACGGAAUAUGCUGCGCUAUAUAAGAUACUGCUAAUAAAUAAUAAAUAUUAUUACUAUCAUGUCAAUUGUAAAAUCACUCACAAAUAUGAGAGGGAAACUAUGUGCACUGGCUUUACCGGAAUACAAAUUGAGACACUGAGGAGGAAUGGUCCAGAAGAAUUCUAGGUCCCUGACAAAGCAUUCUGUGGUUUUUUAAAAAAGGAACUGACGUUGUUUUCUAUUUUCUGUUUAUUUUACAGCCAAACAAUCUUUAUUUCUGUAUUACCCUCGUUCUUGUUUCAGCAAGUGCCCUUCCCUUGUAACUUUGUACUGUAAGACUUGUCUGCUGUUUAUUAGUCACAUAAAUAGAUUAAAGACACUUUAUUUUUUA